CGCACGAUGAAUCAAACAAGCAGUGUAAAAAGCAGAUACAACCAAAUACAUCAUGAAAUACCUUAUCGUUCUCGUUGCCUGUGUGGCUCUGGUCGCUGCCGAUGAAUUGCAGCUGUCGGACGAGCAGAAGGCCCGUGCAAAGGCCAAUGCUGGAGCCUGCAUUGAGCAGGAGGGCGUCACCAAGGAGCAGGCUAUGGCUCUGCGUGAGGGCAAAUUCGAGAAUGUGGAUGAGAAGGUGAAGUGCUUUGCCAACUGCUUCCUGGAGAAGAGCGGCUUAUUGGCCGAUGGCCAGAUCAAGUCCGAUGUCGUGUUGGAGAAGCUGGGACCGAUUGUGGGCGUCGACAAGGUCAAGGCUGCCCAGGAGAAGUGCGACUCGCUGAAGGGCUCCGAUAAAUGCGACACCGGCUUCCAAUUGUAUCAGUGCUACUAUAAGCAGCGUACUCAGAUCUAACUCAAUCGAAAUCCAGCUCCAAGUCUAACCUAACCUAAAGCAUCUGUGAAGUAUUAGCACGAAAUUGAAUAGCAACCGUUAAUAAAAUGAAACUGUAAAUAAAAUAAAUUAAUCAGAGCUUCCUAAAAA